AAAGUCAUGAUAAUUACACGUGUCCUUUAAAAGAUGCAUACCAUAGUCAUACCCAUAGCCACAUACCCAUACCAAGAAGGAAGAACAAGGGUGAGCACAUAAUUAUUGUCUCGCUCGAGCGCUCCUGCUCGCUCCGCCUCCGAAUCCGCGCCUGGCGGGUGCUGCCAAUCCCAUCGCCGUGACGCCGCCGCUCAUCUCGCGAGAUUCUUCCGGAUUGCGCAUGGGAAAUAGCGAUUUUGGCAGCAGUUUUUAAGUGUUGUGGAGGAAUAUUUUUGGGAGAAUGUCACUUGUAACAAAUCGGAGCAGUGGUUCUGCUGUUGCUCUAGACGAGCCUCCCGACAACGGAUUGUCGAAGAAGCUUGCUCGGCUGAGCUUGAAUCCUGAUGCUCAGGAGUUUGUACCAUCGUCCUCAAGAACAUCAGUGAGUGCUGGAAACUCGGGCUCUAAUGGUGCUGCUUCCGAGGCUAGAAGUAAAGCUAACGUUGACAGCUCCAGCAAUCCCAACGCUUCCGAUGACGAGUUUAGACAGUUUUGGCGAUCGCAGCUCCCGGACGAUCUCAUUACCGACUCAGACUUUUCCUCGGAGAUUUACUCGCCAACCAACCAAUAUGACCAGCAGCAGGCGCGCGACUUUGACGUAAAUUUUGGUGGAAGAACUGGUGGCCCGCGAAGGAGCGAAAGAACAAAUGGUUCCUAUUCGCAAGACGAGAAGAGUGCUCACUCCUGGCCGGCUAAUGGGAGUACUGAUGGUUUGGAGUUGGAACAGUCCCCAGAUGAGAUUCACCCGCUUACUUUACUCGCGACCGAGUUUCCAAAUUUUGGUGUCCAGAGCUUGUCCGACAUUUAUUCCGCUACCGGGUGUGACUUGAGCCUGACGAUAGAGAUGCUAACGCAACUCGAACUUCAAGAGGAAGGUGCACCAUCUCGACGUACUUCACGUCCGGCUGCUGUACCCUCCUUGACCCCUACAGAUUUUCCAUCUCUACCGGGUGUAGAAAUUAUCAACGGACUGUCGGGUCAUCAAGAAACGCGUCCCAUGAGUUCUCAAAGACCGAUGGAGCUGGCUACUUCACUUCGCCGGUUUGGCCCUGGGGAACAAGGCAUAGAUUUUGCAGCGGUUGUGAGAAAACAGGCACAGCAGGCUGUUCAUCAGCAACCUUCACAUUGGCCAUUCGAGAGAAGUGCUGGAGAUAUCACCAUCGGGCCGGGGCGGUCUUCGGCGGCGCAGAGCCUCGGUGUCUAUGGCUUUAACAGUCGUCCUCCGCAGCAACCCUGGCUUGAAACAGGAGAAGCUGUGGCGAGCAUGUACAGUGAUAUGAGGGAGGAAGCUCGGGACCAUGCGCGUGUUCGAAAUGCCUACUUUGAACAGGCUCGACAAGCUUACCUUGUCGGCAACAAAGCACUGGCUAAGGAGCUGAGUGCCAAAGGCCAGUGGCACAACGAGCAAAUGAAAAACGCUCAUGGAAAAGCCGCUGAGGCCAUCUUCCACCAGAGGAAUGCGUCGCUGCUUCAUCUGGCUCGCGAUGGCAACAGGAUGAUCGACUUGCACGGGCUUCACGUCGGCGAGGCGAUCCCUCUGCUGCGGCGAGAGCUCUCGGCGCUGAGAAUAGCGAGCCGAGUGACCUCCAAGCGGCAGUGUGUCUACGUUUGCGUGGGGACGGGCCACCACACCAAAGGCUCGCGGACUCCAGCUCGCGUGCCCAUCGCCAUUGAGCGGUAUCUCGCCGAGGACGAGCGGCUCCAGUUCUCGGAGGUCCAGCCGGGGAUGCUGCGGGUGUUUGUCCAGUGAAGCGACGAGCGAACAAACACGCGCGAGCAAAAGGCAUCGCCAACUUUGUGAAUUAACAACCUGUUUUGUUUUGUACACUUUGCAGCAGCACCAAGCAAGCAAGCAAGAAGGAGAAGUCACAGUUUCAACAAAGAACAAGAGAGAGAAGAGAUUGAGAAGCCGAGAAAACAUCAUGGUCGUUUGUCAUUGGAAGAAUUUUUUGUAUCGCUUUGGUAGCGUUAGCUAUUUAAUCUGUAUAUUAUGUAAAAACACAAAA